AUGGAUGACGGAAGUGUUGAAGUAUUUGAUUCUGAGGAGAGUUUGGAGCUUAUUCUUGUAUAUAGUCUGUUGUCUAAGAUAAAAGUGAAGAUAGCAAUGAAUAAGAGAAAAAAGAUGGCAACAUCGUUUGCAAAGCUAUUGAAGAGCAUAUCAAAUGGAAGCAUGUAUUUAACAGAAGGUGAGUAUUUGAUAUUUACACCGGGAUCGCUGAGUGGAGGAAGUUUGAUAUUCAAAUGUGAGGAAGAGAUAUCGAUUUAUAUUAUACCUUUACUUGUGCUUUGUGCGUUUGUAUCUGAACCACUAAAGAUAAGAUUCAAAGGAAUAACGAAUGGCAAUAUGUGUGUGGAUAUGAUAAGAAUUGCGCAUUUUGGAGUUAUGAGAAGAUUUGGUAUUGAUGGAUGCGAGCUUGUUGUUAAGAAGCGAGGAUUUGAGCCAGAAGGGCAAGGAGAGGUGAUGUUGAGUAUGAGUGGAGCACGAAAGAUUAGCGUUGUUGAUUUUGCAGAUGAUGAGAAGAUAGUGAAAGUACGUGGACUGGUGCUCAGUAGCAGGCUGAGUUCUACACCGACUCGAGAAAUGACUGAAGUAAUCAAAAGGUUAUUAGGAGACAUAUCGAGAGUGAAGGUGUUUUCUAAUGUAUCUAAUAGGCUUGACUCUGGGCCAUCGCCUGGAUUUCAAUGUAAUGUAUUUGCAGAGUCGAAGAAUGGAAUAUACUACUCGACUGUGAAUGGAUGGAAUGAAGAGAACGUAGAUGUAAAGAGCCUAGAUAGAGUUAGAAAGCCCGAGGAAGCUGCGGAAAUGGCGUGUCAUGAACUUCUUAGGAGUGUGAAGGCAGGAGGUGUGUUUGACAGGAAGCUUGUGUAUCUAGGACUUUCAUUGAUGUGUUUAUCGCCCAGGAGUGUGAGCAGAAUUAAGAUUUGUAAGGUUGAUCAUGAAAUUGCAAAAGUGUUUGAACUUUUGAAGAGAUUUUUUAAGUUUGAAUAUGAGAUUAAGAAGCACGAAGGAGGAUAUAUUGUUUAUGGGAGUGGAAAUGGAUAUACAAAUGUAAUGAGACAGCUGAAAUGA